CCCACAGUCGCCGGGCAUCUCUCCCAAGGGCUGUGGACUGCUGGCUUUCGGUUGGUACCUUAGAGAUGCAGCGGCUUUUGACUCCAGCUAGGCGGGUCCUGCAAGUGAAGAGAGCAAUGCAGGAAGCCUCGCUCGCGCCUGCUCACCUGCUCUCAGCAGCGCAGCAGAGGUUUUCUACAAUCCCUCCUACUCCCCUGGCCAAAACAAAUACAUGGCCCAAAGAUGUGGGCAUCCUUGCCCUGGAGGUCUACUUUCCAGCCCAAUAUGUGGACCAAACUGACCUGGAGAAGUUCAACAAUGUGGAAGCGGGGAAGUAUACAGUAGGCUUGGGCCAGACCCGUAUGGGCUUCUGUUCGGUGCAGGAGGACAUCAACUCCCUGUGCCUGACAGUGGUGCAGAGGCUGAUGGAACGCACAAAGCUGCCGUGGGAUGCUGUGGGACGCCUGGAAGUGGGCACCGAGACCAUCAUCGACAAGUCCAAGGCUGUCAAAACAGUGCUCAUGGAACUCUUCCAGGAUUCAGGCAACACUGACAUUGAGGGCAUAGAUACCACCAACGCCUGCUAUGGUGGCACCGCCUCCCUUUUCAAUGCUGCCAACUGGAUGGAGUCCAGCUACUGGGAUGGUCGCUAUGCCCUGGUGGUCUGUGGUGAUAUUGCAGUCUACCCGAGUGGUAAUGCCCGCCCCACAGGUGGUGCUGGGGCUGUGGCAAUGCUGAUCGGGCCCAAGGCCCCUCUAGUCCUGGAACAAGGGCUGAGGGGAACCCAUAUGGAGAACGCGUAUGACUUCUACAAACCAAACUUGGCCUCAGAGUAUCCACUGGUGGAUGGGAAGCUGUCUAUCCAGUGCUACCUGCGGGCCUUGGAUCGAUGCUAUGCAGCCUACCGCAAGAAGAUCCAGAACCAGUGGAAGCAAGCUGGAAACAACCAGCCUUUCACCCUGGAUGAUGUGCAGUAUAUGAUCUUCCACACACCCUUUUGCAAGAUGGUCCAGAAAUCCCUCGCUCGGCUGAUGUUCAAUGACUUCCUGUCAUCCAGCAGUGACAAACAGAACAACUUAUACAAGGACCUAGAGGCCUUCAGGGGUCUAAAGCUGGAAGAAACCUACACCAACAAGGAUGUAGACAAGGCUCUUUUGAAGGCCUCCCUGGACAUGUUCAACAAGAAAACCAAGGCCUCCCUUUACCUCUCCACAAACAACGGGAACAUGUACACCUCAUCCCUCUACGGGUGCCUGGCCUCACUUCUCUCCCACCACUCUGCCCAAGAAUUGGCUGGCUCUAGGAUCGGAGCCUUCUCCUACGGCUCAGGCUUAGCAGCAAGUUUCUUUUCAUUUCGAGUGUCCAAGGAUGCGUCCCCAGGUUCCCCUCUGGAGAGGCUGGUGUCUAGUGUGUCAGAUCUGCCCAAACGUCUAGACUCCCGGAGACGCAUGUCCCCUGAGGAAUUCACAGAAAUAAUGAAUCAGAGAGAGCAAUUUUACCACAAGGUGAACUUCUCUCCACCUGGAGACACAAGCAACCUCUUCCCAGGUACCUGGUACCUUGAACGAGUGGAUGAGAUGCAUCGCAGGAAGUAUGCCCGGUGUCCUGUUUAAUGGAGGCGAAUCCACGCAACAAUUCUUCCGGGAAGGAAUGUGAGCAGAGCUGCUACCCCAACGGUAUCUGCUUAAGAUUCCACCCACAGCAGUAAAUAGACACAGUUGCCCUAUAAGAUCUGCUCUGCGGUGAAGGGCCUCCCUCUGUGAAUCCUGGGUGACUCUCCGUGACACAAUCAGCCAGUGCCACAGGCUCAUGCUGCUGUGGACCAGAGCUCCCUGUGAAGAGGAAAAUGAAAGAAAGGGGAGACGCCGGCCUGCAGGGAUACAGAUCUUUCUCCAUAGCCAGGCAGAGCAGCCAUUUGUUAUGGACUGAGCUAUUAUAGUUUAGGCUUGUUUCUUAACGUUUCCUGAGAAUUUCUAAAUUUUGUAUCUUGUUCAGAAAUAACAUAUGACAAUUAAAAUGAGAGAAGAAAUGACUUGUAUUUUCUAGAAGGCAAGACCUACUCAGAGGGCUGGACUCUCACCUCCCCACCCCAAUAAGUCUCCACAAUUCUGGGCAGUUCUUCCAAGGACUGUGGCAGAUACAAGGCAAAUGACUGGCACGGAGCACCCUACUUCUUACUUCUCUUUCCCAGACACCAAAGCCAGACGGGGCCAGCAGGGCUCAGUAGAUCAACCCCCCUUGACAUAGGUGGCCAAUGUUACCUAGACAAAAUUUAAAGCAAAAUCCAUAAGGUUGGCCAGGCAUGAUCAUGCACAACAGAAAUCUCAGCACUUGGGAAGCUGAGGCAGGGCUGAGUUCAAGGCCAGCCUGGAUUAUGCUAGGAGAUGUUACCAAAACAAAAGGUGGUGGUAGGGGUGCACACCUUUAAUCCCAGCACUUGGAAGGCAGAGCCAGGCUGAUACCUGUGAACUUGAGGCCAGCCUGGUCUACAGGGCAAGUCCCAGGACAACCAAGGCUACACAGAGAAACUGUUACAACAACAACAACAACAACAGAAACAACGACCCCAAAAGGAUGAGGCAGAAGUAGAAUACUUUCUACUUUAGGUAAAGAGAACACAACGUUUCCAGGGUCCUCAUAGAACAGCAAUGGCUUAGGAUCGUGAGCAUUGAGCACAAGCGAAGGAGGAAAGAGGGCAGGGGACGGAUAGGAAGGACAAGGGGUUCUAGUCCUUCAUUGUCUUUUAGAAAAAGCUCUGGAAAGAGGUUCUGUUGAACCUUCAGGGAAGCCAGCUGGCUAAGGAGCCUCUCUCUCUCUCUCUCUCUCUCUCUCUCUCUCUCUCUCUCUCUCUCACACACACACACACACACACACAUGAAAUGAGGUGACAGUCUUGUCACACCACCACCAGUAAACCCGGCAAGGCCCAGGUUGAGCAGCUAAUCUAGCACCAGCCCCUCCUUAGUGUGUGCACAUGCACGUGAGGCCUUUGAUCUUCCCGUGAUUUGUUGCAGAACCAUGCUCCCUUCUUAGGUCACUGCAGUGGUGUCUGUCUACAUGAAAGAAAAGCCAAUGUUGCCCUGGUUCAAGACAGGGACACAGAACCCAUGAAGUGCUCUCUGCAGGGUCUUGACAGGACCUCCCUUCUUUGUGUCCCGUUGUUGGGCUCUGGUCUUCCUCUACCAGGAGUCAUAUGGAUUCAACUAGGGAUGAUCUCAAAAUAACACUGUGGGGCUGGGAAGAUGGCCCAGUGAGUUAAAGCACCUGCUACUAAUCUUGACAACCUGAGUUCCAUCCCUGGGACCCACACAGUAAGAGAGAACCGGUUCCUGCAAGGGUUCUCUUGGGGUCACUGUUUAUAGUAUAAAAAAAUCAAGUCCAGCCGCCUGUCCCCAAGAGGCCACCUGUGCACUUUGGCAUGCAAGUGUUCUAUAGCUCAAUAAAAUGCAUUUUUAAAUUG